AUGCCCCUCCAUCGACCCUUAGAUGAGCAGGCCUGGGGCAUUUGCACAGUCCAACUUCAGCGACCCGGAAACAUCGAAGGCUUCGAGGAACAGAUAACAACAUAUUGUGUAGGAUACGGGCCAUACCCUAAACGAUCAGGGGCGUAUGUUGGAGGUAGGGCCGGCCCAGAAGGUCGCCCAAAGAUGAGGGGGAAAUUGUUGUUGUUGUUGUUGUUGUUAUGGCCAUUAUCUGGAGGAGGGCGCUCGUGCCUGGAGAGACACAGCCCUGUACUUCUCGAGCACUGGAAGAGAUCUUGCAGUAGAGGCGCAAGGGAAUUUGUGGUACAUCAUGGGAAAGUCAUAUAA